AUUAUCAGCAACUGAAAUCUCAUCUCAAACCUGCAUAGAAAUGGCAGCAGAAGCAGCAGAUGAUGCAAGAAACGCAAUUAGCAGAUUUUUCAAUAAUAUUGGAAAAUCCGACGCGACCAAACAAGUGAUUAUUGGGGCAGUUUCCGGAUUUGCCACCGGUUUUAUUUCGGCCAAGGCCGGAAAAACGGUGGCUCUUUCCGUUGGAGGCGGCAUCAUCAUUCUGCAAGUGGCAAACGAUCAGGGCAUCAUCAAAGUGAACUACAAUAAAGUUAAUAGGAAAAUUGAUAAAGUGGCGGACAAAGUGGAAGAGGUUCUAACUGGCCGUUCAGCCAGUUGGACCGAUAAAGUGGUGAAUUUCACGAAGAGAAAUACUCCGUUUACUGUGGGCUUUGUUGGCGGCGUGCUCAUUGGAGUGGGAAUUUCCGCUUAAAGUUUAGCAUCGGAUGUACUUCCACUUAAUCCAAAUAGUAUUUAACUUAAGUGAAAAACCCUUGUAUGGUAGCAUUCGAAAAAUCAUACUGUUUAGUAUUAAAGCUUUAAUGAAUCUCGUGUAAAGCUGUGUUAGAUCGCGCAAUAACUUCCAUCUGUUUUUAUUAGCAAAACUGCCUUAGGUCAAAUAUGUAUUUCUGUUCACGCUGUUUUAUUUAUUAAACAUAUUGGUCACCUAAA